CUCCCCCCCACCCCCACCUUCUGAAAACAAUAUGUCCGCCUGAAGGAGCCGUGGGGGCUGAUCACCGAGCCGGGGGGGACGACACUGAGGAAAAAAGUGGGGGGCGAUACAGAUAGGAGAGCGGAGCGGUCCCGUACCGUAUUGAACGGUGGCACUCGAGCCGGCCCCGCGAAGACGAAGAGGUGGGGGAGGAGGUGUAGCGGCAACGGCGACGACGGGGGGGUGUGUGUGUUGAGAGCGGGAGUGAGUUUAAAACCUCUCUCUCUCUCUCUGUAACACACACCCUGCGGCGAGUGUGCGCUGGUGGCAGUCGGAUGUUCGCUGGAAAGGGGUGGGGGAGAGCGAGGUUUAGUGAGAGUAAAUCAAGAUGAAUCCACAGCAGCGGAUGGCCGCUAUAGGAACGGACAAGGAAUUGAGCGAUCUGCUGGAUUUUAGUGCGAUGUUCUCUCCUCCCGUUAAUAGUGGAAAAAACGGACCAACCACACUGGCAAGCAGUCAAUUUGGUGGUUCAGUCAUGGAAGAACGGGCAGGUACAACUUGGGGAUCAGGCGAUCAAGCAAGUCCGUCAUAUGAAUCAUCAAGGGCCUUUGCAGACAGUCCUCACUAUGGUGAACAUUUGAAUGAAGGUCGAUUAGGACCCCAUGAAGGUUUAUCACCAACACCAUUCAUAAACUCCAGUCUAAUGGGAAAAGUUUCGGAGAGGGCAGCUCUUCCAUCUUUUGGUAGAGACCCAGGAAUCCCAGUAUGUCAAUCCAGCAUUCUUCGAUCGGAUGUGGAAAUAAGCAGUCCUGGACCUGUCCCAUCAUCUGGGAAGCCGGGAACAGUGUAUUUUCCAUUUACGGCUACAAAUCCACGCAGAAGACCGAUUCAUGACACACCAGCUCUAGAUCCCACUCAGACAAAGAAAGUAAGAAAGGUGCCUCCAGGUUUGCCUUCAUCUGUUUAUGCACCUUCUCCAGGCUCAGAUGAUUUUAAUAGGGAGUCUCCUAGUUACCCAUCACCCAAACCACCCAGCAGCAUGUUUGCCAGUACAUUCUUUAUGCAAGAAGGAAAUCACAGUUCUUCUGAUCUUUGGAAUUCAACAAAUGGAAUGCAUCAGCCAAGUUAUGGAGGAAUGUUGGGAAGCUCUUCCUCUCAUGUCUCUCAGUCUAGCAGCUAUAGCAGUCUGCAUACGCAUGAUCGCUUGAACUAUCCACCACAUUCAGUUUCACCUACAGACAUCAACCCCAGUCUUCCCCCAAUGUCUAGCUUCCAUCGAGGGAGUACCAGCUCCCCUUAUGUUGCAGCCUCUCACACACCACCAGUCAAUGGAUCAGAAAAUCUUUUGGGGAACAGAGGAAAUGCAGCUGGGGGUUCACAGACAGGUGAUGCACUUGGAAAAGCUUUGGCAUCUAUUUAUUCGCCUGAUCACACCAGUAGUAGUUUCCCAUCAAAUCCGUCAACGCCAGUUGGAUCGCCAUCACCCUUGCCAGGUGCUAACCAGUGGUCGAGACCAGGAGGGACUCCGUCGUCUCCUAGCUAUGAAAACUCCCUUCACUCACUGCAAACUCGAAUGGAGGACCGUCUAGACCGUUUGGAUGAUGCCAUUCACGUUCUCAGAAACCAUGCCGUUGGACCUUCAACAAGUAUGUCUAGUGGCCAUGGUGACAUGCAUAGUUUGCUGGGGCCAUCACAAAAUGGGCCAAUUGGAGGACUGAAUUCAAACUAUGGAGCAUCUGCACUGGUAACAUCUAGUCGACAAACAUCAAUGGUUGGCUCUCAUCGGGAUGAAUCUGUCAGUCUCCAUAGCAACCAUUCGAUCAUCCCCAAUUCAGUCCCUCCUUCAAGUGCAGAAUUAAAUCACCAGGCACAGGAUAACUACAGAGGACUAUCGAGUUUGCAAAGUCAGUCUUCUGCUUUGGGUCCAGCAGAAGUGAAAACAGAAGAGAAAGAUGAGAACACAAAUGACUCUUUCUCAUCUGAAGAGAAGAGAUCAGAUGACGAAGGAUCUAAAAAAGACAUAAAAAUGCAGUCUAGAGGAAGGUCAUGUAAUCAUGAAGACGAGGACCUAAAUCCUGAACAAAAAGCAGAAAGGGAACGCGAAAGGAGAAUGGCAAAUAACGCAAGAGAGCGUCUUCGUGUAAGAGACAUCAAUGAAGCAUUUAAAGAGUUAGGGCGAAUGUGUCAACUUCAUUUAAAGAGUGAAAAACCCCAAACCAAACUACUUAUUCUUCAUCAGGCAGUUACCGUCAUCCUUAACUUGGAACAACAAGUUCGAGAGAGGAACUUGAAUCCAAAAGCAGCCUGCCUUAAAAGGAGAGAAGAGGAGAAGGCUUCUGCCGCAUCGGCAGAGGCACCACCAGCACAUCCUGCAGUUCACCCUGGUCUCAGCGACAGUACCAACCCUAUGGGUCAUAUGUAAACUGCCAGUUGCAGGUUAGAAGUCUGGAUCAUUUUUGUAGAAUAACAAAUGAGUCAUCUUUCCAUACAAGGACCCAGCCAACUAACUUUCUUUCAAGAAGCCACAGUUGGAAAACAUAACGCACUUGAAGCAGAAACCCAGAAGCAAUCUCUUGAUCAAUAUGGCAUCACGUUCAGCCCACUGAAAACCUAUUUGUCCCAAAUCUGAAUUUUGGCCCAUAAUAGUACAUAUCAGUCUGUUGCAAGCAGUGUUGCUUCCACACAAUCAGAGACUGUUGCAAUUGUUCCACAGUUUGUGGAAGUUGCCUUGUGCCUAAACUUGUUGGUUGAUGAAAUGCAUUUAAGACAAAAAAUAAAAUUAUUUAUUGCUACUGAACUGUAAGGUCUACUUUGAAAGGGAAAUGUUUAAAUCUCAGUUGUUUCAUUCUCAGCUGGGCUGAUGCUAGUAUCUGUUAAAGCUGUUCAUAAGCAGAGAACAAAGCAGUAAUGACCUCUAACCCUAGCAUUCCCAGAACCUAUUAGUGUCUUAAAAAAGGGAGGGAAGAGUCUUCAUUGUCCUCUUCAUUCCUUUGGCCACACAAAUAGCUUUUUCCAUGUAACAAAAUAUUCCUUGUUAGAGUGUAUUUUUUUGUUCUCUGGUUGUGUGAACAGUUGUGGUCACAUUUUUAUUUCCUACAUUAUGUUCAAUGCUUGUGUCAUAAGCAAUUUGCUAUAAUAGCAAAAUGUGCUCUUACUGAAAAAGGGCAGGUCUGACCAUGGCAUCAUUUAGCUUGAAAUAAGGUUAGCUUUCUUCAAACUUUCAAGUAAACACCCAUUCUUAUUUCUUUUAUUUGUAAUUAUACAAACUUUUAAGCUUCUAGGCUUCAUAGUAAAACUUGUAACGUGAAGUGUAAAUUAGAAAAUUUCUAAUUUUAGAAUUGUUUUGUUUUUCAAGCAGUUGAUACUACAUUUAGUACAUGUGAAAGUGUUUGCUGUAAUUAAGCACAGAUGCAAAACAAAGGUUUUAGGCUCUGAAAAAGCAUCAAGAGCUGAUAAAAUCCUUGGUUCACCAGGGCCAGUAAUGUUGACAAUGAACAAAGUAGUGCUGUCAGCUGAAUUAAAGUUCUGGAGGGGAAAAAGGAGCAACGGUCACCAACUUUCUGAGACCAUACUUUCUUUUUGAUGACUCCUUAUCUGCGUGGCUAAUCAGUGGAGAGGGAUCCCAAGACUGAUGCAGCCAGUAAUGCGACUGCCCUGAGUUUUGAAGCCAUCAUGGCAUUAACUCACACGAGUUGUUUUGAAACCACUUAAUUUUUUUGUGUUUCCUCCCCGGCUGGUUUCUAUUUAUAUGGAUUCAAGCUCCUUAGCUUCCAUGUAAACUGUCUUCCAUUUAAAAGAAGCAUUGGAGAGAAAAUAUCUGACAAGGUUACUUAUGUUGUCUGAACAUUGUCUGUAAUUGUUGACAACUGACUCAACAAAAUGAACAAAUAAUGCAUUCCUUUGUUCUAAGCACUAAGGCAACUUGAGAGCAAAAUUUGUGUUAAGUUGUCAUGACUGUCUGAUAGGAAUGCUGAACACUUGUUUUGGAAGGGUUCUCAGAGAAUGAAUUCUUUUUUGACAAUUGUGUAUGAUUUUGUUAUUUUAAUUGAUUCAUGGCGACUAAUUCAAGAACAGUUAACACCUAAUUUACUGUAUCUGUGGCCUUGUUCCUCAGUUCAUUGUUUGUAAGCUAACAUUUGCUUAAAAUGUGCUAAAGUGAUCACGUGCCACUGGCCUUUUCUUCUGAGCUUGGUUCUAAGCUUUCUUUCCCUUUGGCUAUAAUAGACUGCAUUAUGCCCAGAAGCUUUGCUUCAAAAAGAAACAAAGAAAACAUUUGGCUUAUUUUUCACUGUAGCUAGUCUUUUAUACAAUAA